UCCUACACAUCCACUACACAAUCUGCCAAACAAAGUUCACAUGCAUCUUUUAGUUUGUCUGUGGUACUAAGAGAGAGAAUAGUUUGGGCUUGUGUUUCCCAACUCUGAUCUACUGGCUAAGCUAGUAGAUUUGGCAGGGCAGUGCAGGUGCCUCACUUUGCUUUUACCCAGUUGGCAUUCUUUCACCAUUAUCCCCUAUACUCACACUUUGCCUUACUUCUCAGCCACACCACUAGCUACAAUCUUACCCACUCCAUCCUUUCCUAGCCUCAAACUCAAACUCAAACUCAAACUCACUCUUUUUUGUGUUCUCUUCUUGGAGUUUUUCUGCAAUGACUUCACCUCCUCCUGUUUUCUUGUUUUUUUGCUGCUUCUUCUUCUUCUUCACUCUGUCCUCACUCCCUCUUCAUGUUGUGGCACCACCACCAAAACUAGCCCAUAUUCCUGAUCCCCAGAUCACUGUCAUGGGAAUGGUUUACUGUGACAUCUGCUCCAAUAAUUCCUUCUCCAGGCACAGCUACUUCAUGCCAGGUGUGGAAGUGAAAAUCGACUGCACAUUCAAAGCAAGUUCACCAAAAACAGCAGAGCAAAUACAAUUCUCAGUGAACAGGACUACAAACAGGUUUGGUAUUUACAGGUUGAUGAUACCUUCAGUGGAUGGGAUCGAGUGCGCCAGAGAGAAUGAAAUCGGGAAUUCAUGCCGGGCAAGCCUGGUGCGGUCCUCAACCUCAGCCUGCAGUGUUCCUGCCUCAAUAACCACAACUCAAGAAGUUACCGUCAAAUCCAGAAGUGCCAAUACCUGCAUCUACAGCCUCAGUGCUUUGACUUUCAGACCCUCCAAGAAAAAUGCUGCAUUAUGUGGAAAUAAGCACUAAAGGAACACCAAAUUUGGUUUUCCCUUCUCAUCAUAUAUAUUGUGUGGAUAACAUAUAUCCUUCAUUAUCAUACUCUCUAUUUCUGUCUGCUUCCAGUUCUCUAUAAAUGCAUUCAUAUUCAUAACUUUAAAGUUGAAA